UGGACGACAUGUCGUCCCUCCAAAGUGUGUACUGCUGUUCUCAUCUGCAGGUGGACAACAAUAUAUUCUAGCGAGGGGGCUUUUUCUCCUUGAUAGCCAUCGGGUUCGCAGAGAGUGACUGACAACCUUGUAAGUGAAAAAAAUGGUGAACUACAUGCUGAUGAUCCUUGCCGACCUAGAGAAUCUCACAAACCUCGAGCCAGAAGGUGGCUGCGAUAACCCCAAUUUCUCCUACUUCUUCAAGGUGAAGUGCGGGAGGUGCGGUGAGAUGAGCCAGAAAGAAACCUGUGUGACCUUGAAUGAAGUUGUUCCUCUUUCUAAGGGCAAGGGAACCACUAAUCUAGUUCAGAAAUGCAAGUUCUGUGGGAGGGAGGGCACUGUGACAAUGAUAUCAGGGCGAGGUAAACUGCUGAACCAGGAAGAUAGUGAGUCGGGAAAGUACUGCCCCAUGAUGUUAUUUGACUGCAGGGGUUAUGAGCCUGUGGAUUUCAUCUUUGGUGGUGGAUGGAAAGUUGAAUCUAUCUCUGGGACCAAAUAUGAAGCUGUUGACUUGUCAGGAGGGGACUUUACCGAGUAUGAUGAGAAGGGAGAAUGUCCAGUUAUGAUAUCCAACCUCCAGUCAAGUUUGAUGUAGUGAAGUAAAAGAGUACUCUCCUGGGGGGUGCACAUGUCUUGAUAUAUGCUGUUGUUUGUGAAUGAGGUAGAAACAUUUUACCCGAUUCUACAUCUGUGAGUGACUUGACGUCAUAUGUUUAGUUCUAUGUUCAUAAAAUGUUGAAGUAACAUCUGUCAACUAAUGCAUGGUUUCUUUUUAUUUUGAGGAAUGGUUGACUUUUGAUCUGA